UGCCCCCCUUUCCCCCGGGCUACGGGUCUGGAUUAUUUAUAACUGGGGAUACAAAAACCAUUCAUACAUGUUUGCAGAAAAAAGGCAAAAACAUUUCUCUAGUUGAUCAUAAAUUCUCCACAGAACCUACACGCAAGCAACCCGGAAGUGUCCCUUUAAUCCUCUCUGAGCUUCCUGCACCUGUCGCCUGUUGCACAUCCCGGUCCGGUUGGUCCAGUCCAGUUUGUCCUUUCCUCUCGCUCCAAACCGGUCGAACAGAGUAAACAGUGUGUUGCCAGGUAAAAGAGAAAAGCUGCGUGUUCCUGUAGAGCAGGAAGCCCAGUCCAAACGACGGACUUGAACCCGGAUCUGGUUCCUGUGAGGAGGGGACGAAAGGAUCAUCUGGAGCGGAUUUCUGAAGAGAAAGAAACGAGUCACGGAAAUAAGCAAAAAUGGCGCAUGUGUAUGGCGGAGGAUCGUGACUGGUUCUGUUUGUUUAUCAGAAUUAAGGUCUUGCUGGAGGCUUUAAUCUUCCUGCUAACGGAGGACUGACGGCUGGACUGACAUCAUCCUCCUCGCCCGCUCGCUGGGAGUGAAUCAUCGUCUUGUUCUUCAUCAUCAUCAUCAUCAGCAGCACUGGGGGGUGAAGUGAUGCUGUCACCGCCUCUCCUCCGUUAAUAUCGCACUCGCGGACCGAACCCACCGAGCCCCCUGUGAGCCCACAAUGGAGGAAAUCCUCAGGAAGCUGCAGAAAGACGCGUCCGGACACAAACACAAAGCGAUCCGGGACGCGUGCCUGUCGGCCUGCGAAACUCUUGAGUCUCAGAAUGGGUCAGCCAAGAUUUCCGCUUCACAGCUCCAAGAGCGAUGUCUGCUGCCUCUCCAGAUGGCUCUGGAAUCCAAAAACACCAAACUGGGACAGUCUGCCCUUGCUGGGAUGCAGAGGCUGCUGUGUGAUGACAGGUUUAUGGGAGGGGUUGGGACAAAUGUGGAGGUGUUGGAGAAACAGCUGCUGAGCCAAAUGUUGGAGGCUCUCAGAGUCACCCCAUCUCUGCAUGAAGACUUGCAAGUGGAAGUCAUGAAGGUCCUGCUGUGUAUUACCUAUUCACCAAACUUUGACAUCACCAGAGACUCCAUCCUGCGUAUCGCUCAGGUGUGUAUCGAGACCUACGUGUCCAGCUGUCACCAGCGCAGCAUCAACACGGCAGUAAGAGCCACCCUGAGCCAGAUCCUGGGAGACCUGACGUUACAGCUGCGGCAGCGACAGGAGUAUUUCCCCAACCAGCCAAGCUCUGUGUGAAGAUGUUGUGGUGGUUCUGACAGUGUUUUGUGAAAAGCUGGAGUCUGUGGACAGUGAUAAUCAGCUCCUGCAGCUCCUUUAUCUGGAAUGCAUCCUCUCCAUGCUCAGCAGCUGUCCUCCCACAAUGCACCUGUCCAGAGGGUUCACCGACCUUGUGUGGAAACAGCUGUGUCCCUCUCUGGUGGUGAUCAUGGGAAAUCCAGUCAAUGAUAAAACCAUUACUUCACACUAUAGCUACACGGGGGCACCAGACCGAGAUCGGAUGUCAGAGAGACUCAAUCAAGGACUCAACCCGGAGGUGGACUCUUCCAGUGGAGGUGUGUCGGACCAGGGCAGAGGGUCCGGCUGCUCCUCCAGUGCCCCUGCUAGGAUCGCGCCCAUCGUUCGGACGGUUUGUUACAUCGCAGCAGAACUGGUGCGCCUGGUGAGCUGUGUGGAGUCGAUGAAACCAGUGCUGCAGUCGCUGUACCACAGAAUCCUGCUGUACCCGCCCCCUCAGCACCGAACCGAGGCCAUCCGCAUCAUGAAGGAGAUUUUAGGCAGUCCUCAGCGGCUCUACGAUCUGGCUGGACCUUGUGUGGCUGAACCUGAAACCAGGAAGCGCUCCUUCUCAAAGAGGAAGUCCCACCUGGACUUACUGAAACUGGUGAUGGAUGGGAUGACAGAGGCUUGUAUGAAGGGAGGCAUCGAUGCGUGUUACUCCUCUGUUUCUUGUGCCUGUGCUCUUCUCGGUGCGCUGGAUGAACUGUCGCAGGGUCGCGGACUCCAGCCUGAGCAGGCUCGGCUUCUCCUCAGAAGACUAGAUGACCUGAAGGAGGGAUCAGAGUCCACUCGUGAGUCCAUGGAGAUUAAUGAGGCUGAUUUCCGGUGGCAGAGACAUAUCCUGUCCUCAGAGCAGCCCCCGUGGGACCCCAGCUCUUCCUCCUCCAACAUGGCCACUGAGCGCAGCCCUGAUAUCAGCAUCAGCAUCACCACAGAAACAGGCCAAACCACCUUAGACUUGGAGAUGGGGGACCUCGGCCUGGGUCAUGGCCACAACACUCCUGAGGAGUGUGGAGAGGACGCUCGGUUCACGUCCCCUUCUGUCUUUGGAGGACAGGAGGGAGCCAAUCGUGAGACGAGCCUUGGGCCCAAACCUGAAGCUGAGAGGGAGGAGGGAAGAGGUGGUCCAAGGGAGGUUGUUGGUCAGGAAGCAAAAGGACGAAGCAGUGGAGACCGAGGAGGCGUUCCUCCUGAUGUGGUUCAGAGGAGUCAUGCGCUCGUCUACCCGGACAUCACCAACUUCCUGUCAGUGGAUCCCAGGACCAGGUCGCACCACGGAGGCUCACGGUACAGCGAGAGCAAUUUCAGCAGCAUGGAGGACCAGGAAUUUUCUCGGACGGAGUUUGACUCAUGUGAUCAGUACUCCAUGGCUGCGGAGAAAGACUCCGGACGUUCCGACGUGUCUGACAUCGGCUCUGACAACGUCUCUCUUGUUGACGAGGAGCAGCAGACUCCUCGCGACUGCCCGGGCCACCGCUCCCUGCGCACCGCCGCCCUGUCCCUCAAACUGCUCCGCAACCAGGAGGCCGACCAGCAGAGCGCCAGGCUGUUUGUUCAGUCGCUGGCUGCGCUGCUGCCCCGGCUGCUGGGGCUGGCCACGGCCUCUGAGGUGGACCUGUCACUGCAGAACUUCUCCUCCACGUUUUGCUCUGGACUGCAGACUGGUGGGAUUCACUCUCCAGGUUUUGAAGGAGGUGACAGUCUGAGCUGCCAGUCUUUGAUGAAUGCAGAUGGUCUGUACCUGGUGUCGUACUACGCUCUGCUGCUCAAUCUGAAACUCUGCUGCUGCGACUAUUACAGGUGCCGAGAGCUUCCACUCAUCCUCAAUCUGAAGGAGUUUGUGCAUCUGAUCCAAAGCAGCGGAGUCCUUGUGGUUUUGUCCCAGGCCUGGAUUGAGGAGCUUUACAACCAGGUUUUAGAGCACAACCUGCUGGCUGAGGCCGGAUACUGGGGCUCACCAAAGGACCACUCACUGCCACUUAUCACCAUGCUUACAGACAUUGACGGGCUGGGCAGCAGUGCAAUUGGAUGCCAGCUGAUCAGGAGGCCAUCGAGCCAAUCACCACUCAGCUGUGAGAAGACAGGAAGUGACACUGUGAUAGCAGGAGCCAUGUUCUCCCGCUUUAUCCUCACGGGCGUCUGGAAGAACCUGAUCGAUGUGCUGUCCACGCCGCUGACGGGUCGCAUGGCGGGCAGUUCCAAGGGCUUGGCCUUCAUCCUGGGGGCGGAGGGGCUCAAAGAGCAGAGCCAGAGAGAGAGGGACACCAUCUGUCUAAGUUUGGACGGCCUGCGUAAAGCUGCUGCGCUCAGCUGUGCUUUGGGUGUUGCUGCCAACUGUGCAUCGGCUUUAGCCCAGAUGGCAGCUGCUUCCUGUGUGCAGGAGAAGGAUGAGAAGGAGGCGGGAGAGAUGGGAGACGCCAUCACACAAGUGAAGCAGCGUGUUGAGCAGCGUCUGGAGCAGAUCAGCCGUCCUCAGGGAGUCCGUCUCCACACGGCUCACGUCUUGUGUAUGGAUGCCAUUCUUAACGUGGGGUUAGAGAUGGGCAGCCACAACCACGACUGCUGGCCACAUGUUUUCAGGGUGACGGAGUACAUCAGCUCCUUGGAGCACAGCCACUUCAGCGAUGGCUCCACUCAGCCUUCCUCACUGACCACAAUCACCCAGCAGAGCCAGCAGGCUGCCGCCAUCGACCAGGGCCUGGAGCUGAGCUGCGAGCCCAGCCCAGAUACUGCAGAGUUCAGCCUGAGCCAGCCAGUCAUCCAGCCUCUGUCCAUCAAAGAGCUGCUGAGGGAGAGCAGCAGGGGCGGCCGAGGUUUGGACCUGAAGAGCGGCAGUCUGAUGACCGGGACCAGUGCUGCCAAGGCUGUGUGCACUCUGUCCACACAGGCUGACAGGUUGUUUGAAGAAGCAGCUACAAAGCUGAACCUGGUCGGACUGGUUCGUUUCUUGCGGCAGCUCAGGAAAGCUUCUCAGUAUCAGCUGUUUGACUCUGUUACAGAAACUGGAGACUAUUCACUGGCAAUGCCAGGAGAAGCCAAGUCCACAUUAGAGCGGCGCAGCGCAAUGCAUCUUUUCCGACUCGGUGAGGCCAUGCUGCGAAUCGUCAGGAACAAGAACCGACCCCUGCUGCACAUGAUGAGGGCCUGGAGCGUGGUGGCGCCUCAUCUGGUGGAGGCUGCAUGUCACAAAGAGCGCCACGUUUCUCAGAAAGCUGUUUCCUUCAUCCACGAUGUCCUGACGGAGGUGCUGAUGAGCUGGGUGGAGCUUCCACACUUCCACUUCAAUGAGGUGCUUUUCAGACCUUUCGAGCACAUCAUGCAGCUGGAGCUCUGUGAUGAGGAUGUACAGGACCAGGUGGUGACAUCGAUUGGAGAGCUGGUGGAGAUGUGUUCCCCUCAGAUUCUGUCAGGAUGGAGACCUCUGUUCAGCGCUCUGAGGACCGUACACGGCAGCAAAACGGACACUAAAGACUACCUGCUGGGAGAAUACUCCAUGGGGAAGUCUCAGGCACCAGUGUUUGAUGUCUUUGAGGCUUUCAUCAACACAGACAACAUCCAGGUUUUUGCUAACGCUGCCACUGACUACAUCAUGUGCCUCAUGAAGUUUGUCAAAGGCUUGGGAGAAGUGGACUAUAAAGAGAUUGGAGACUGUGUUCAUGUUUCUGGUCAGAGCUCCACUGACCUCUGUGUGCCCGCCCUCGACUACCUGCACAAAUGUUCACAGCUGCUGGCAAAGAUCUACAAGAUGCCAUCAAAGCCGGUGUUCCUGGGGGCCCGACUGGCCAGCCUGCCGAUGAGAUCACAGGAGCGCUCAGUCAGCAGCGAGGACGGGAUAGACUGUGUCCUCCAGGAGUUUGAUGACGACACGGGUUUGAUCCAGGUGUGGAUUUUACUGUUGGAGCAGCUCACAGCUGCUGUAUCAAACUGCCCCCGACAACACCAACCCCCCACCCUGGAGCUGCUCUUCACCCUGCUCAGAGAGGUCACCACUGUUCCAGGUCCGGGAUUUGCCAUCUUCGCUGUCAUCCAGCUGCUGCUUCCUGUGAUGUCACUCUGGCUGCAGCGAAGUCAUGGUGACCACUCUUAUUGGGAUGUGGCAGCAGCAAACUUUAAGCAUGCCAUUGGCUUGUCAUGUGAGCUAGUGGUGGAGCACGUCAACAGUUUCAUACACUCAGAUAUUGGUUAUGAGUCACUGAUCAACCUGAUGCUGAAGGACCUCUUCAAGCUGCUGGUAGCCUGUGUGUCUGAACCUGCAGAGACCAUCUCCAGAGUAGGCUGUUCCUGCAUCAGGUAUGUGUUGGUCACCGUGGGUCCGGUGUUCACAGAGGAAAUGUGGAGGUUGGCCUGCUGUGCUCUGCAGGAUGCUUUCUCUGCUACAUUAGAGCCUGUGAAGAACCUUUUAGUGUGUUUUCACAGCGGCUCAGACAGUUUCUCUGGAGAUGCCUGUGAGGUGAAGGUGGCGGCCCCCCCUCACUCUCCAUUAGCUGAAGCAGAGUACUGGAGGGUCAAAGCCAUGGCCCAGCAGGUGUUUAUGUUGGACACCCAGUGCUCUCCAAAGACGCCCAACAACAAGGACGGCUUUGAGCAUGCUCAGUCCUGCGUGCUCAUCAUCGAGCUGCCGUCUGACCAACAAUCCAACGGACACGCUCAGAAGAGGAAAAUUGGAAUCCCGUUCCGGACCAUCGUGGUGAGCCUCCUAUCACACCAGGUUCUGCUCCAGAAUCUCUACGACAUCUUGCUAGAAGAGUUCGUCAAGCAGCCUGAAGCCAACGAGAGGAUCACACCUGUGACCUCUGACCCCAGUAAACCCACAGCCGGCUUCCUCCGCUACAUCUCUAUGACCAAUUUAGCCAUAAUCCUGGAUCUGCUGCUGGACUCAUACAGGACAGCGCGGGACUUUGACACUCGCCCGGGACUGAAGUACCUGCUGAUGAAAGUGUCGGGUGUUUGUGGAGCGGCUAAUCUGUACCGUCAGUCUGCCAUGAGCUUUAAUCUUUACUUCCAGGCGCUGCUGUGCGCCACGCUGAGCCAGGCUGAGAGCAUGACGGCACAGCAGGUGAAGAGGAUCCUGUAUGAGGAAGAGGAGGGGAGCUCUGACUCCUCCCAUCCUGGCUCCGCCUCCUCUGAGGAUGAAGAUAUCUUUGAAGAGACAGCCCAGGUGAGCCCCCCUCGCGGUCGGGAGAAGCGCAGCCUGUGGCAGGCUCCUGUCCCGUCGCUCAGCGUGCAGCCUCUGGGCGGCGCCGACUGGGCCUGGCUGGUCAAACGGCUCUACAAAGUGUGCAUGGAUCUGUGCAACAGCUACAUCCAGAUGCACAGGGACCUGGAGAGCAUGCUGGAGGAGACGCCACUGCUGAGAGGAACAGGCGCAGGAGGAGGAGAUCAUGUUUUCUUCCUGCCUCUCUUUCAGUCUGAGACCUCCACACCCACAUCAGCAGGCGGGCUCUCAGCAAGAGGGACCCCUUCAGAGGAAAGCGGGUACAGGGGUCAGGGAGUGGACUUGAGUUCGGCGUCGCCAGGAGACACACCCAGUCCCAGAUUCAGCUUCACAGGCAGCCUGCCACAUCACUUCCAGAUGGGAGGAGAAAAGAGGGACUCCAGCAUGGCAGGAGCAGCUCCUAACAGUGCCGGUCCUGGAAGGAGAAGGGACUGGUGGGAAAGCGCCGGCAACAAACUGUACACCAUCGCCACAGACAAAACCAUCAGCAAGCUCAUGAUGGAGUACAAACGCAGGAAGCAGCCCCAGCAGCAGCAGCCGGUGCAGCAGUCGGUGCAGCAGAGCCACAUCAACCUGUUCAUGAAGGAGCAGGGCCGAGCGGCGGCAGCAGGGGAGAGGAGGGGUCCCGCCGAGCUCCAAAGACCCCAGCAGCUGGUGGACCAGCAGGGACCCUCUCUGAGGCACUCGGUCAGCGCGGGUCCUGAAGUGCUGAGGCAGGAGAAAAGGCCGCGGUCAGGAUCCACCAUCAGCUCCCACAGCAUCUCCCUGAGGGACUCCGAGGCUCAGAUACAGGCGUGGACCAACAUGGUCCUGACUCUCCUGAACCAGGUCCUCCUCCUGUCGGACUCCUCGUUCCUGGCUCUGCAGCCGGCGCUCUACCCCUGCCUCAGCCAGCUCUCCUGUCACGUGACGGACACCCGUGUCCGCCACACGCUGCGCGAGUGGCUCGGCCGUGUCGGCAGACUCUAUGACAUCAUCGGGUGAUGUCGCUGUGAGGAAAACCACUGCAGGCUGUUGCUCAGUAAAGGAUGGAAGCACAAGAGACAGGAAGGAAGUGAUGAUGCUGCGCUGAAGGAGAGGGUCCUAACCUUUUGUUGUCUUAAGACGAAAGCACUGGCAGACAUCCCACUUUCCCAGGGUGUUUUUAUUUUAGUUUGCUGACUGACCAAACAUUUGAGUUUGUAAAGAAUUAUUUAUAUCAUGGAAGGGAUUUGAUUGUAAACGUGCCAUUUCUGCUCCUGUUCCUUGAUAAAAUGGUUGAUAUGUGGACCCAAAGCUCACACAGUGAACACUACUUUGCUGAUUGAUUUCCUGUGAUGUCAUAAUUACUGUUUUGCUGAUAAUUAAUUACCACCAUGGUGUCACUGUAUUAUAUUUUCUACUUAAUGCUCCAUGUGAUGUUUUGUUGUUCAUUGCUACAUUUCUUGACCUCUCACUAUCGGAGAUGUUUGAUCUUUUCUCCCAAGUUUUGGGAGGAAUGUUCUUGUGCAUGUGCAUUUGUGUGCUAGUUGCGUAUACUGAAAGUAAGAGAAACCAGCUCAGAUUCUUCAUAAUGCCACACAAACUCCACAGGGUGCCUUUAGGGAUUGUUUUACCAAGAUGCUUAAUUUCAUCCAUUUUUGGUCAUGAUUGCAUCCGAGUUGCAGAUAAUGGAGCAUUCCUUUAAAGAAUCCAUAUUUACUACAAUCAUAUCCAGUUUUAAACUAAGAUCAUCUUAUCCUGAAAAGGAUUCAAGUUAGAACUAUGUUGGCCAAACAUUGUAAAUGUUCUGCAAUUUCAUGCAAUUUUCCAAGCUCUUGACAGAUCUUGAGAUGUGUGGUAAGACGUCUCUCAGCUAAUCUAAUACUAGCUCAAUAUCCGUAAAAAUGACGGAAUUAUAGACAGUUUUGUCAUGGCUAAGGUCGAUUAGCUGUACUGGCCAUCUUUAAUCAGGUUCACCCCAAAGUUAAUCAGUUUCAUAAAAAUUUGUGUAAUGGUUCAUAACACAUUUUGCUAACAGACAGGGCUGACGCCAAUUAAUAAUGCCAAAGUUUUGAGCAAAAAUAUCAUGCAAUGUGUAAUGUUCAAAGUAUAAGUUGGGGGUGAUGAUCAGCUACCACCACACCAAAUUUUAGCUCAACAUUCUUAAAAUUGGCUGGAUUAUAGCCACUUCUUUGAAACGGUCAGAUUAUGUUGACGCCAUGAUGACAGAUAGACACAUACAGACACACACAGGCAAAAACAUUGUUGGUGGCAGGCGAUACUGAAAUACAGACACGACUCUGACUUUUCAUCCUGACACACACACAAAAACAAAUCUCUUGAGCCACAGGGAUGAGUUUUGGUCAUGAGAGCAAACUACAGUAAUUUAGGUCACAAAAUGUUGUUUAAAUGAGGUUGCAGCAUUUGAAACUAAAGCAUUUUAUUUUUUUACGUCUUCAGUAUUGGACUGAUGCAUCACAUCCAGAUGAUUCUUACUUUGUAUUUAUUUGGAUUGUGUUUGAUUGUGUCUUUAUGUAGUAGAUUUAACAGCUUUAAAUGACCUGCAGUCUUGUUCUGUCUCUUUCUGUAAAACUGAAUGUCUUUACCUUUGAACCUGGAACAGUUAACUAUUGAAGUUGAAUCAAAUGCAUCAUAUAAAACAUGUUUAGAUUUAUAGCUUGUUUUUUAAUUUAUUUCUAUACGCAUGUUAAUGCAGUUUCUGUCACAAUGUUUAUUUCCUGCUGGCAAUAAUGUAUUGUGUUUAUUUGCAUUAUGUGAAAAAUGCGGACUUUGUCACUGUUUGAUUUCCACUUGAUGUUUCAUCUGGUUCUGGUUCAGAUUGUAGGGAAAGCCUGUGUUUGUCCUCUGUAUCCUACUGACUGUAACAGAAAGCAGCAAGCUAAAGGGAGGCCAUUCAACUUUUACAGGUUUAUCUCCUAAAAUUUGUUCAACAUCCUCCGCUACUGACUGAACAUCUGCAUUAAAAUAUACCCAAACACAAA